UUUUAAAAAUGUUUGAUUCUUCUGAUGAAUCUAGAGACGAAGAAAUUAGUUUGGCAGAAGCUCGCCGUCCAUAUCAAAUAAAUUUAAAUAGUGAUACUGAAUUAAUUAGGAAUAAUACUAGCAAAUGUUGUGGGAGAAGAAAUAAAAGAAAAUCUCUAAUCAAAAUAUUAAUUCCUCGUGUUUUUGUUUUGGUGCUUACAACUAUUUAUGUUUUUAUAAUUGCUGCAACUUUUUAUUCUGUUGAAAAUGAAAAAGAAAGAGAGGAACUUGCCAAAUACGAAGAAUCGAUAAAAAUAAUAAAAAAUAAUUUAAUGGCACAACUACACAAUUUAUCUCCACAAAUCCCAAUUGAAAGGCUUUAUCAAGAAACUAAUGAAUUUAGCAAUAAACUUUUAGAAAUUGGACGGAAAAGAGGCAAAAGAGGAAUUUCCUCUUUAAAUAAAGAAAAACAACAAUUAAAUAUUCAACAAAAUUGGACAUUUGUUAAUUCGAUUUUGUUUGCCAUUUCUUUAAUUUCGAGAAUUGGUAAUGUUGUAAUACUGUCGGACCUCACUUAUAUAUCACAUAUAGAGACCGGACAGGGAGUUGAUCCGUUGAUUUUGAAGUUUUGA